AUGCCUCUCGUCAAAAUCGACAUGAUCAAAGGCGUUCGCAGCCCUGCCGAAGUGCGAAAGGUUGCAGAUGUGGUUCAAGAUGUCAUGCUCAGCACCUUCAACGCUCCUCCGCGCGACCGUUACCAGAUAGUCACGCAACAUGAGCCGUACGAGAUCAUUUGCGAAGACACCAACCUGGGCUUAACGCGGUCGGAGCAAUUGAUCGUGAUUCAAAUCUUCCAGCAGGGUCGGUCGACCGAGGUCAAGCAAGCAACGUACAAGGAGCUUGCGAGGAAAUUGGAGGAAGAAUGCGGCGUCAAGGGAAACGACCUGAUCAUCAGUGUGGCGCAGAACACCAAGGAGGAUUGGAGCUUUGGGAUGGGAAGGGCACAAUUCUUGACCGGAGAGUUGUAG